CUCAACCAUCUUUCUAGCUCGAUCGCAGGCCAGUAUCUUCAUUGUGUCAUAUUUCUUUUAGAAUUUAACUGUUUUAUUUUUCUUAAAAUGGGUAAAAAGAAAGGUUUGAAAAGAAAACUGCAGCAGAAGUCUGAUGAUUCUAUUGAAAAGGAAAAACAACCUCCUCCAGCAACCCGGUCUUCAGAUGAACCUAUUCCCAAGAAGUCAAAAUGGACUAACAGGACAAGAGUUCUUGUGUUUGCUACAAGAGGAAUCACACAUCGUGAUCGCCAUCUCUUACAAGACUUGCGCACCAUGUUGCCUCAUUCCAGAGAUGAAAAUAAGAUGGAAAGGGGAGAAAACUUUUUAGUGGUCAAUGAAAUGAGUUCGAUGAAAAAUUGUGACAAAUGUAUUUUGCUGGAAGGGCGCAAUAAAAAAGACUUGUUCAUGUGGGUUUCCAAUACUCCUGAUGGUCCUUCAGCCAAGUUCCUUGUUGAAAGUGUAUUCACGAUGGGUGAGAUGAAGUUGACUGGCAAUUGCCUCAAGGGGUCACGCCCUCUGCUGUCAUUCGACGAAUCGUUUGACACCAGCCCCCAGUAUGCGUUGCUAAAGGAACUUUUCACACAGAUUUUCGGCACACCGGCAUACCACCCGAAGAGUCAACCUUUCACAGACCGAGUGGUGGCGUUUUCAGUCCUCGACAACAGGAUUUGGUUCAGAAACUACCAGAUUCUAACUGAAGACGGAGCUCUUGCUGAAAUAGGGCCAAGAUUUGUAUUAAACCCAAUCAAGAUUUUUGAAAAAAGUUUUGGAGGAAAGACGUUGUGGGAAAAUCCCAAAUACGUUACACCUAAGCAGUACCGCCGUCUGCUCAAGCAAACAGCAAGCACCAAGUAUGUGGACAGGAAGCAACAGAAGGAGGCUUUCUUGGCUACCCGACCAAAGGAAUCAUACAUGACUAAACCUAAUGAUGACAUCUUUGAGGGAAAUCCAUUGGAAAAGGCGAGAGAGAUUAGUGAAAAAGUUAAAGAACUGAAGGUGAUGAACCAAGAACAUUUUCAGAAGAAAAAUAGUGAGAGUAUAGCAAAAAAGAAGACAAAACUUACUCUCAGUAACGAAGCUAACAAACUAAAAAACAAGAAGAUUAAACCCACUCCUAGCACUGAAACUAGUAAACUAAAAAACAAGAAGACGAAACCCACCCCUAGCACUGAAACUAGUAAACUAAAAAUCAAGAAGACGAAACCCACGUUCAGUAGUGAAAACAGCAAAGUACAAGUAAAUGGAAGAAAAAAGAAAUUGAAAAAAUCUGUGUCCAAAAAUUCUUUUUCUGUGUCAUGAUUGUAAAUGAAUGUUUAUUGUUAAUAACAAUAUUUUUAC